ACCUCGACGGGCUCCUCUCGAUCCGGAGGGAGCAGCGGCUCGACUCGGAGCCUCUCCCGCACUACCGAGCUCGAUCACGGAGAGUGAGGCCCGGCAACCCUGCGGAGAAACCUCAUGUCGGCCCCUUGCGCCCGCGAGCUCAUCCUUGGGGUCGUUAACCAAAGCUCAUGACCAUAGGUGAGGGUGGGAACGUAGAUUGACCUGCAAACCGCGAGCUUUGUGCGAGAACUCAGCUCCCGCUUCACCACCACGGAACGGUGCAGCGCCCGCACCACCGAGGACGCCGCACGGAUCCGCCGGCCGAUCUCCCACUCCCCACCACUCGCGAAAGAGACCCCGAGGCAACAAUCUGAGUAUGCACGUCUGCUUGCAAGUCGGUGAAGAUCCGAUGAAAGCUAAGAGACAGAAGACCGAAGAGAAUGGGCCCUUCAUUUUGCGUGCGAGGAGGAGGAAAACCCCACCAAAUCACAGGACACAGCACACUCAACAGGACCAUGGUGAAGUGAAGUCCUUGGAAAUCCAGUCAUGCUGGGAUGGUGCGGUCUCGGCCAACCCUGGAGCCUGCCGUCUUGUGCUGACGCCACAAAAAGAGAAUGAGGACUGUACUCCUCCGGCCGGCACGCGCUUUGACCAGUGCCGCCUCGCAAACCUCUUCCUAACCUCCAGCAGGCCGUGUCCGCAGCUCAUCCUCAGCAUGGUCAAUGGUGGGGAGAUUUGGUCGAGCCUCCUGGAGAGAGAACAACUGUACGUACGGGACAGAGAUUUUUUCAAACACCAUCUGUCGCUGGAACCAAAGAUGCGAGCCAUCCUCCUGGAUUGGCUGACUGAGGUGUGCGAGGAGUACAAGAUGCACAGGGAGACCUUCUACCUGGCACAGGACUUCAUCGACCGUUACAUGUCCACCCAGAACGAUGUCGGAAAGUCUCGGCUUCAGCUCAUCGGCAUAACUGCUCUGUUCAUCGCGGCCAAGGCUGAGGAAAUGUAUCCACCCAAGUUGGUGGAAUUUUCCUAUAUAACAGACGGCGCCUGCAGCGAAGAUGAAAUUAUCCUUAUGGAGCUUCACCUGCUGAAGGCAUUGCAGUGGAAUUUGUGUCCCAUUACUUUAAAUUUCUGGCUCAACUUCUACAUGCAAGUGGCCACAAUCGCUGAUGACCAACACCUCCUCGAACCACAGUUCUCACGGGAAGAUUUUGUACAGAAAGCCCAGCUGCUGGACCUGUGCAUACUGGAUGUGGGUUGCCUGGAGUUCUCCUAUAGUGUCCUGGCUGCAUCCGUGCUCUUUCAUUUCUCAUGCCAGGAGCUAGUGCAGAAAGUUUCGGGGCUGCGUUGGGACGAGCUGGAGGAGUGUAUACAGUGGACGCUGCCGUUCGCCAUGGUGAUGCGCGAGUCUCCACGGGCAACGCUCAAGAGUUUCAAGAACGUGCCAGAGGAGGACCAACACAACAUCCAGACGCACUCAGUCAGCAUGCUGCUGCUGGAAAGAGCACAAGCCCUGCAGCUCGAGUUGAGCAGAUCAUCGCAGGAAGCUUCACCACUGUGCAUGCUUCUCACUCCACCCAACAGCAACAAGAAGUGAUGCCGCCUCCCAUUGUGAGCUUCGAGGAAGUCUUGGACAACUGGAAAAUAAAAUGGUCUCCCACAGCAGCCUUGUCCAUAGCUAACAACCAGUAUUAUUUUUGUAUCACACUAAGGUAAAGUAAAAUCCUCUGGGGUGGUUGUGGAUGUGCGUGUUUAUUUCAAUGCACGUCAGUGCAUGAUAUCAUAGAUUAUUUUCAACUACUAAACUAUAUUGUAAGAAAUGAAAAAAUGUAAAGCAAUAUGUAUGAUGUCAAAAUUAAACACGCUAGAUACCGUGAUAACAUGUUUCAAGAUUAAAUGUACGUACCAGCAUUGAUUUUGAUUGUCAAUACAUUUUCUUUGUAUGAUCAGAGGGAAAAUAGAAUAGCUUUGUAUACACGUACAUGUUUCGUCGAAGCACAUGUUGAAAGCACUGAUAAUCUGUUGAAUUAAACAUACCCAAGACAAGUUUUAUUUUAAAGUUCAGUAUUUUAUUUCAUUGAAGGUUUUAAAAGACUUUCAGGCUUGUAUGUGGGGAAUUGCUGCAUAUUCAACAGUUUGGGGAUAUUUCAUGAAUUUAAGUAAAUGUAAUGUAUACGUGGCUCUUGAAUAUUAAGUUAAUAUGAAUCGAUAUGCACAAUGAAUUUGCAUUAUUUUAGAAUUUUUAACAAGUGCUGAAUGAAGUGCAAAAUCAUGGUCACUUUGUUUUAAAGAUGAGCAUUACUGCCAUGUGUUUAUUUGAGUGCUUUGCUUUUUAUUAAAUCUGUAAAUGUUACAUAGUUUUAAAUUGCUUCAUGUCAAUCUUUAACAAAAAUCAUGUAUUUGUUUUUCUUAAGGAGGUAGUGCUGCUUGUAAGAAAUGUGGCGUUUGCAAAUGGGGUUGAGAGGUGCAUAUUGGGUUAAGCCUGGGCAUUGGACAGUGGAUGUGUGCCAUCUGUGGAAACUGAAAUAUAUAACAGUUUUGUGAGAUUUAUGAAAAUGUGCUUGAAUAUGAAAAAUAAAAUGUUUUGGUAGAGAA